UUAGUUCUCCUGGUACUGUUGAUAGAUGACAAAUUCAGACUGUGUGCAAUUUACCGACAGGUUAGGUGCUAAAGAAUAAGGUUAAGCAAACAGUAAACGAAUAUUAGGUUUGUUUCUUUAAAUAUUACAUUAAGCACUAUUUGGUUUGAUAUGUUUGUUUCGAAUAAUCUAUUUUGGCACAAUUCUCAUACAUUGGAAAGUAUGUAUUCUAUAAAUACUAGGACAUACUCAUUAUGUUAUCCAUGUUAACAGCUGCCAGAUAAUGCGAUAAAAAACUUCAACAUAAGUAAGAGUGAAAUGCUUUGUGUAUCCAUUCUGGUAGAAAAUCAGUUCAAAGAUUGUAAGCCAGAACAAAACAUAAGCUAUGAUUGACGAUACAGUCAUAGAAUCACAGCCUUUUAAAGGUUUACAAGAGUUGUAUGAUAAUGUGGAUAACUUAAAGCCAUGGCCACAAAUUAAGGAAUUAAGGGAAUGUACAGACUAUGUAUACCAUGGUCUUGACAUAAGUAAUCAAAAUGUACAUUUAACCAAGUUUGAUAGAGGCGAAAAACCUAAAACAUUGCUUUGCCAUGAUAUGUUAGGUGGUUACAUCGAUGACAGAUUUAUAAAUGGUACAGAUUCUCAUAAAUCUUAUCUGUUUUAUCAUUGGAGUGUUAUCGAUAUAUUUGUCUACUUCAGUCAUCACUUUAUAACUAUACCACCUUUUGGAUGGAUCAAUGCAGCACAUGAACAUGGAGUGAAAAUCCUUGGUACUGUAAUAACAGAGAGAGAAGGUAUAUUGGAACCGGUACUUGAAUCACAAGAAACAGCUAGAAAAUUUGCAGAAGCUCUAAUUCAUGUUGCAAAGUUUUAUAAAUUUGAAGGCUGGUUGUUGAACAUUGAGAAUAAAAUAAAACGCGAACAUAUUAAUAAUUUAAUUUAUUUUCUGGAAUAUCUAACACAACGCAUUCAUAUAGAAAUUAGAGGUUCUGAAAUUAUUUGGUAUGAUAGUGUAACCAAAGAAGGAAAUUUGAACUGGCAGAAUGAGCUAAAUGAUAAAAACAUAGAUUUCUUUUUAUCUUGUGAUGGCAUUUAUCUAAAUUAUACAUGGACCAAGUCUAAGCUAGAGAACAGCUGCAAUCUUGCAAGAAAUCACAAUCGAAGCAUUCACGAUGUUUAUGUGGGAUUGGAUGUUUGGGGAAGAGGUUGUCCAGGAGGUGGUGGUUUUAAUUCAUUAUAUGCUCUACAACAAAUUCGAGAACAAGGUUUGUCCGUUGCAAUUUUUGCAUCUGGAUGGACCCAUGAGUUUUUUAGAGCUAGUGCAUUCCACGAAUUAGAGAACGCAUUCUGGGCUCAACUUUUCCCAUAUUUAUACGUUCACAUUUUUAUAUACGAAAAUGAAACGUUCAAAACGUCGUUCUGCCAUGGCAACGGUAGUGCUUAUUACCGCUGUGGAGAGAUGCAAUUGGAAAAGCUCGUCAUAAGAGGGAAAACUGUCUUUGUACAAAAACCAUUUUACAAUUUAUCAAUGCAGAAGCCUCAGAUUUCUGUACCUAUACCACAUUUAAAAUUCAUUCGUUCUCCAGAACUACUAGAAUCGAAUACGGCAAAUAAGGAAAAAAAAUCUCCGCAGACACCAAGAGAAUAUAUUUACGAGACUGCAAUAAAUACUAUUCGAAUAUUAGGAAAUACUGUAAAUAUCGAAAAUAAAUUACCCGUACUCGGCUUAAAUUAUUUUGAAUUUCAUGACGGAUUGUCUUUCGAGGGUGGUGGUUGUUUAAAAUUAAUUACUAAUGAUCCUGGGUUAUAUCAUAGAUUAUAUUUAAUCCAUGUUGAAUUUCAACAAGACAUUGAAGCAACCAUCAUUUAUAACGAAAUAGUACCAGUUUCGGAAAAUGGAGCGCAAAGCAAGCCUAUAUUAAUAUUAGGUAAUAAUACUGGCUUAAGAUCUAUUUUGCGAUACAAAUCAAAAAAUUUAUACUCAACGUGGAAAAAGUGUGUUUACUUGACAAAUAUGAGGACCGUAAAUGAAAUCGGCGUAUCUUUCGCGGGGAAGUGUAUCUGCUAUCUGGGGGAGAUCAUUCUAAAUGCAAAGCGUCAAAACCGCUUGGGUAAGUCCAUUGUCGCUUACAUUCCAGAGAGGUAUACACAGCACAGGUGUAUUACGUCAUGAUAAAAGUAUAUCACAAGGCGAGGUUCUCGAACCGUGUAAAGAAUCAUUUCAAAGAGCGAUGGCCCGUUUCCUCUUGCAAUUGAGAACCACUUUAGUGAAAGGAACACAGGCGUUCCAUGAUAGAACACCUAUCCGAUGUAACAUAUAGCUUGAUAAAAGCAUUUCUCAUCGGUGAACUUUGUAUUAUUAGAAGAACGGGCAGCAGACGUAUUUUUUUGUUAUUUGUUUUAUUAGUGUAAAAGAAAAAGACCAUAUUGCCAAGUUAUCCGGAUCGGCACCGAUUUUUCUUCAAAUUCGAUUAACUGGAUUACAGAUGUUUUUAUUACAAUUCUUACAGAUUAACAUUUUUGAUUUUCUUCGUCCGUCAUUCCAUAAAGUUGGAAAUAUCAUAAAUUUUCUGUCGGGUGAUGGUAAGUUUGAAAGAUAGAUAAAAGAUAAGGCUGGGUUAAGUUUGACCCAUAAUAAUAAAAUCAGACAAUAAAAUAUUUCACUUUAUUACAUCUUGUUACUUGAUAAUUUUUUCCCUAAGGGUUUUUUUAAUCAUAAUAGUAGUAUAUUUCAUACAUUUCAUACAUUUCAGCUAUUGAUUCUAUUAAUAAACAAACAAUUUGAUAAAGUAUCAAUAUAUUUUAAGAUCAUAAUGUUUUUAAAUCUUUUGUUUAAUUGGAAGUAAAUCGGAUAAUGAUAGCGUACAGGAAAUGGGUAAACAAUGUAAAGAUUUAAGUUCUUUCAAAACAAAUAUAAAACUUCAUGUAAAAUAAUAAUCUACUGCAUUAAGUGCAAUGAAGUUUUAUUGAUUUAACAAUUCCAUUUUAGUGACUCAUAAUUAAUUUGAUAAUCUACAAAUUUUAAUUCAAUUUUUUUUUAAAUGAUACAAAUAUUAACAAAUAUUAUGUAUUUCUGUGUAUUUUUGCUUAAUAUAUGUUAACAUAUUUUGAGAAGCAAUAAAGAGAUAAACGUAUGAACACUAAAGACAUCAUAAAGAUAAAAAUCAAACAUUUAAAAUUAGACUUAUUUAUACACAUCAGGUUUGUCAGAUUUCUUUACCAGAUUAACACCAAAUUAAUGUUAAUUACUUUUUAUCUUGAUGCUUACAUUUCUAAUGCAUGUACAGAUUUUCUUUCUAAUAUCUAUGAACACACCUUAAAACAUGAAAAUGCUCUACUUUAUAUGAAUGAAUUUUGCGUGAUAGUUAAAGAGACGCAAUGUGUGUUAAUUAUUUUAAACAUUUCCAUUUUAUUACGUGUUCUAGAUUCAAAUUUCCAACAAGUGCACAAAGAUCCGCAACCUACGCAUUAAGUAAACGUGAUUGAAUAUUUAUUAAGUCGAAUACAUGAGAAAGAGAAUACAAGGAACAAAAGUAUAACCUAAUUUUAACUUCGUAUUUCCGUUUCACCUCGCCGCGACCCUGUUGCUCGUGUAUUUACACGAUAGAAGGGUAUCUGCACUCCGUGACAGCAAUGUAUUUAAUAGAAGGACGAAAAAUUCCCAUUUAGCCUCCAUAUUUACUCGUACACACAAGGAACAAACGGUGCCGCGCGAAGGAGGUCGCGACACCAUAACUUGAAUAAAUUUUUUCGUCCACUGAUUGCGUUCUGCGGUUAACAAUACUCGAAAAGAUAAAAUAACACUGAAAAAUCAUUAACUUACCAUUUGCUACUCUAUAUACACAAAAUAUUUAUUGAAAGAACAAAAUUAAUAAUAAAAAUGAUAAACUGAACAUUAUAACAUCACGUUAUUUCAUAUUUUUCACCCUCUAAGAACAACGAUACUUAACUUUUUUUUUUGUACUUUUUUCAUUCUGUCUUUCACAGGGCAAUAGUUCAGAGGUCACUGCUAUUGCAUGUGAAAUAUAAAGUACUGUAAAGGGUAUAACUGAACCAAUGUUUCAUGUAUGUCAUUAUUUAAUGUCAAGUCUAAGUAUGUACUAUGAAAUGUAAGCGUAGCUCGUAUAAAGAUGAAGCAAUAACUACGACCACCUAGGAUGUCUGUUAUUUCUAAAUGAAUUUACAGAUAUUAUAUAGUACCUAGAGUACUAUAAUACCUUAGUAAUAAUUUUUUGUGAAUUGUGAGUUUGAGAGAUUUUGGAAAUGUUUCAAGGUCAUCCUUAUUUUUUGAAAUGACAUCAUUUUUUGGAUUUACAAUUAGUUAUUUGAUAUUUAAUAAAGGAGAAAAUCCUUUCAUCAUAAAGGAGUUUAAGCUGUUCGACGAUUGUAAUUUCGCGUGGACGUAAAAACCUUUAACACUUCUUAUGAAGGAAGAAUCAUUAUUUUAUUCUCGCUUUAUUUAGUACCAAUUAGCCUCUUACUAUACGUCAUUGAAAUCGCCUAAACAUUUAUUAUUCUAAUAGAGUUGGAAAUGUAGGUAUACUGUACCAUUUAAAAAGAAAGUAAAUUUUCUAUUCACCCUCACGCGUAUAAGAAUUGUUACUGGAUCUUCUCGGUAUCGUACAACUUCCGUAAAUAAAGUUUAUUUUUUUAUAUUUUUACAAACAGUAGAAAUAUUCCUGGAGGUAAAAAUUAUUGGUCUACCCUAUAUAUCCAAUGCUGUACAAUUGUGUUUAGAUAGUUAGAAAAUAGUAAGGAGGAUAGUUAUAAUUGGUAAGUGAAUGAUUUAUUAUAAUGUCCACCGUAAAAAAAUAAAAUCAACAAUAUUUAUAUUUCGUAAUUUGCUAACUAAUUUGAAUAGGAAUACGGAAUAGCGUAAUAACUCGUUGAUUUACGAUAUACCAAAAGAAAAUUCAUUCACCGAGUCAGCAGCAAGCAUGGAGGUCUACUGUUCAAUCUUGUUUAUUAUCAAAUUCUUAAUAUCAAAUCUGAUAGUGUAUGAAUACUUUUAUUCACUCAAAAUAUCACAAUACUAUAGACACGUAUUUUUUAUAGCUACCUAUAUUUAUAUUCACGGAGUGAAAAUAUCGCUUACUGUCAGACAUGUUACAUAAGAAAAGAUUGUUGGACCUUUUAUAAAAAAUAUAGAGAUAUCAAGAAAAUUUUUAAAGUUUAGUACAUGACGUUAAUAUAACUCAAAUUACUUAUUUCUUAUUACUAUUCUUGAAAUUAGUAUUUUUAUUAAAUGUUUUUCCCAAUUUUAUUAAAUCAUUUACGAAUGAAAGAAACGAAUAUUAUUCGAGCGUAGACAGUGCGUGUUAUAGUUUCGGAAUUCUAUUUUAAUCAAUUUUGAUAAAUGACUGGGAAGAAGAUUUUAAGAAAAUAAUAUUAUGAGAACAUCUGAGAAUAAUUAUUUUCUUUCAAAUCAAUAUUUUAAGGAAACUGAAGCUUUUACUUAUAAUCGGCCAGAAACAACCUCCGAGCAAUAUAAUUUUCUUUGACUGUAAACUUUUUUUUAACAUAUGAUCAGCCCAGUUCAGUUAAUAGGUCCGUACACUUGUCUCUCGUCCCUCGAUGACUGUUCUUGGGCUAUAACUUGACAUAGACAUACCUACAAGAUCGUAAAAGAUAAUUGCUCAGCGUAAAGUGCUUGUCUAUUAAAUAAUAUUUGUUUUUCCACUUGUAAUUGUUUUAGAAAAAAUUCUGAAAAAAUAUGUUUAUCGCCUCGACGUACACUCUACAUUAAGAAACAUUUCGGCGAAACAUACUAAUUAGUUUAAAAAAUACUAAUAAAUAAAGACGUUAUUUGAGGUAUAUUAACGCCUACGUUAACUUAUUUUUUGUAAAAGAAUAAUCAGUAUCUACAUUUAACAUUUUGUUUCUAACUGCAUCGGUGUUUAGGACAUUUCACGGAACAGGUUUUUUAUCUUUUACUAUUCUUUGUGAUUCGUAUGGUAAUGAAUAGCAUAAAACACUACGUGUCGAAUGCUUCUCGACAUUCUAUUUGUAUACAAAAUUCUUAAAACUAUGAAAUAUAAAAAAAUGUUAUCAGAUAAUUAUAAAAACAUUGUCAUUAGAUAAAAGAAGAACUGUAAGUUCUGCUAAAUCUGCUAAGGUUGGAUUUGAAAGUACAGCUGUGGAAUGAUUAACAAUCUGAAAGGCGCACAUAUAAGGUGGCCUAUUUGAAUCCAUAAAUGAAAUUAUUUUAGAAGCUAUUCGUUAUUUUAAAAGAAUGUCAAAUGUAAUGGUUUAUAUUUCGAUGGGUUUUCUAAGUAGAUUGAUUAACAUAUUUUUGUGGAAAAUGACCUACUUUAUCGAUUGAUGGAAAAGUAAUGAUUACACCUGAAAAAAUAGUAGCGACCUUCAUAUCGUCUACACACGUUCACCUGAAGGCAAAAUAAAUGUGCCGAGUUAUUGACCUCUCAAAACAGAAAAAAUUGCUUUUUGACAUUUUUUAAAGAACGAAUAGUAUCAAAAAUAAUUAGAUUUAUAAAUUGAAAUGACACUCUGUAUAUCCGUGACCAUAUAUUCCAUAUAUUUUGUUCGACUUCAAACGUUUAUUUUACUAAACUGAUAGAAUAGUGGAUAUGUAUUUAUAUGUUACAUAAAAACCUAUUACGUCACUGUACCAAACUUGUUUUCAUCCUAACAACGCGUUUCGGAUUCGGAGAGUAAAUAUAACAACAUGUUUCAGUAUAAUGUCGACAGUUUUUCAGUAAAAUGCACCGCAGUUAAAGGAUUAAAAGAGAAUAUAAAUAACCUGACAACUAAGUGAAUGCUUAAAAAAACUUUGAAAAAGCGAAUUUUAAGCUUUUGCUUUACAAUGUAUCGUGUUAGACUUGUAACAAAGAUUUAAAACAGACUGCAUCAGUUUGAAUACCGUUCAAUUCUUUUAACCGAAAGUGAAAUAUUAUUCUUCUGUUAUCAAUAUUUAAUUUUUAGAGAAUUCUUAGUUCUUACAUAGAAUAUUUCCUUUUCUAGCAAAUCAUUAGUGACAGGCUAGUUCUAGUAAAGGUAAUUAUCAUUCGUAACAAAAUAUUAAUACCAGAGCGAGAACGAGUUAUUUAAUUUGCCAAGGCAAAAAUUAACAGGAUUUAUUACAAUGGAAUCUUUCAGCGCUGAAUUCGUAGAGGUAAAUUGGUUUAUAGUUCUCUUUAUAGCUCUACUUUAGAGCGUUUGGUAUUUUGUUCUAUUGUGUCAAAUAUAUGGUUAUACGAAUCAAUAAACAUAUAAAUGUGUUUUACAACAUCUUCCAGAUGUUUUCGGAAAUGUGAUGUUUCUUAACACAUCCGCGAGCGGCAAAUUUUUCGCUUUUAUAAUACUCAUCGCCGGUGAAAGUGAAGGAAAUAUGAACGAAAAUUUCUGACGUUGAAACACGAAUAAAAAUUAUAAAAUUUGUCUUGAUACAUUAGUCUUGUAACGAUCUAUUGUUUGAAAUGAAGAACUUUCCGUUAAGAAAGUCGCAAAUGGAAAAUAACAGAAGAAUAAGAUAUUUGGAAGUUAUUCUGUUUGAAAAUACGUGAGUUCACGUCAACGGUCGUGAAUGCGUUAAACUAAAUUUAAUAUUUCUAUAUAAUCGCGACUCAAAUCACACAGCAAACGCAUUACAAAAUUAAAGAUGCAACAAAUCUCUGUUUUAAUUCUGCUUUAAAUUUAGAGGAUGAUUUAUAUGGAUCAUUAAAAAAACAAAUUCGGAAUUAAUAUGAUUCCCCAUCAUUAGUAAUUCGUAAUUACCAAAUGAUAUGAUAAAAUUGAUGACCCGCGAGAUCAUUUAUCUUUGUAUUACUGUGCAAAUCCUGUCGAAGGUGUUUCAAGUUUAAUGCUAUUUUAUAAACAAAAGUACUUUGGACAAAAUAUUUACUAAUAAUUACAUUAAAUUCAAAUCAUAAUUUCAUACUAAAUUUUUUUUAUUAUUUUUAUCGUAAAUUCAAUAUUUUUGCCAUACUAUUAUGUAAAACGUUCUAUUUCCCAGUGUUUGGAAAUAUAAAAAAUACAAAAAGAAUGCAACUGUAAAAUAGACGAAUUAACAUUUUAUUGCAUAACGGCUUUAUCUAUCUGAUUAUUUUCAGUAACCUAAUCAACACAGUUUAAACCAAAUUUUUCUUUAUUGCAUCACCGUGAUUCUUUCACUUCAUAUCUAAUUUUUCUUUUAGCUGAUACACAUUGUUUCUUCUUUGUGAAUUCCGGUUUUUAAUUCUGCUCAUAACUUUUUAAUGAAGAUAUCUAGAUUAUAGAAGUGCUUCCAUUACUUUAAGACUGUUAUACAAUAGUCACUUUCGAAGUAUACAAGCUUUAUGCUUGGCUUCGUUAUCUGAUCAGCAUUGUUGUACAUUUGUACAUUUUGUUUCAUUCUUAAAUUUAUUUUUUUUUUAUUCGUAACCUUAUUGAUAAUAUUCAAAUUUUCGUACUGAAGAUUUUCAAUUGAAUUUAGCGAAUCUAAAUGUUGUUUACUCUUUUUGAAUAUAGAUUAAACAUUAAUUUUUUAUUAUCUGUGGUUAACCUCUCAGAUAAACGUAGACAUAAAAUAAGCAUCAAAUUAUUUUCUUUUCUAAGAAAUUGUUAACGAUAAAGUAGUUUCAUCAAUCAAAGUUGUGAAAUAGAUCAUAGGGCAACGGGUUAAAGUAGCAUUUCGACAAGAGAAUAAAACACUACAACAAUAUAACAAUACAACAAAUAUUAAAAAUUAGUUUUAAAUAAAUAUAAAUUUAUUAUAAUUAUUAUAAAUUAUAAUUUAUUAUACAUAGAAUAUUAAUCAAAUUAAAUUAUUAUGAAUUUAAUAUUAACAAAAAUUAAUUUAAAUAAAUUUUCGUUUCAAAUAAAACAAAAUUUUAAAUAUUUAUCCAAAAGUCAAUUUCUUCUCAAUUUCUCUGCAACACUUGCGCAGUGUGCGAAUACGAGUGGGAGUAACUCUAUAGAAAACCUGCGUUUAUCGGUUCAGUUAUACUUCCUACCAUAAAUAAUUCAAGAUACGUAUCGCGUUCUGUGAAAUAGGCACUGUGAAUGUAGAGGAUCGAUACCGAAAUCACCGUAUCACAGACGAUUAAAGGUGUGGUCCAUACUCUCGAGAUCGCGAGCGCUGUUCCCACGGGUGUUAAAGUAUUUCUCUGUCGUUAAUUUCAUUCGUAUAAGUAAAAACAAAUCACCGCAAUCGAUUCCUCCAUCGUUGUUUCAUUCAAAGUAAAGAUUAAUUCUCGACAUUUCGAUGAUUCCCGCGGACAUAAUUCGAGCGCGUGGCACAAACGAUAAGAACGUUUCAUCGUCUGCAACGAUAAAGUCAACGGUAGCAAUUUUCAGACGCGCAGCGGCCGCUAAUGGCGAACAUUCAUUACGACGGGUAUGGUCGAAAUAAACAGCCCGGUAGGAUUGCUUGUUUCAGCAGUCUCGCGCAACCCAAAUUACGUUUCUCCCGUGUCGCAACCGCCAUUUGUAACCAGAGAAUGCGACCGGCUCAUUGAUAUUCCUGCGGUUAUCGGGUCGAAUUUUUUCUGCGGUUACACUUUGCAUUACAACGUUUAUUCCGCCUGUCUCCAUACGCGUCGGUCAACCUGGCGAUUACGUCGGGAACAGUUUUUGGCUCACCUUCGACUCGCCAAAAUUUUGUUUCGGAACUUCUUCUGUUCUAGCAAUUCUAAACAUACUCGUUUUAUACGUUGACUGUUGCGGUAGUCACCGAUAACCGGAACAUCCAAAUUGUUUAAUAAUAAAAUUACUGAGCAAUUAGAGUGACUUAUUUCCAAUUUUUUUAUAAAAAUUAGGACAAUAUGUUUCUUGAGAUUUGAACGGUCCACUAGUCUUGCAUCUGUGCAAAUACAAAAGUUUAAUUGAAAAUCUGUCGCGGGAAUGCCUUGAUUAAUUGAAACUCUUUUAAAAUUAGAAUUCUGAAAUGGGUUAGCUUGACCCGUCUGAUAGUUUUAGUGUCAACCCAUUUGCAUCUUUGCUCUAAAUGUGAAGCUUACUUUAUAAAUCAGAGAUGCUCAACUGAAAGUCUUCUAAGCUUUCGUUUGAAAUUAAUCUGCUCCGACCGAUAUAGUCGAGUAACACGUAGACAACUAAAAGUUAUUGUGUGCAGAUUAUUCCGCUUAAUGAUGCAGGUGGGUUAAAAACAAGUGCUAGAAGAAAAUCGGUGUCAAAUCAAAAUAUUUUGUAACAGAACUAAAUAACAGUGUAACUUAAGAUUUACGAUACCAACUCAAUGAUUAACUUGCUGACUAUUUCUAUUAUUUUAUUACUUACCAAUUAAUUACGAAUGUUCUAUACAUUGUUUAGGUACUUCUCGUUAGAAUAUUCCAUUUUUAUUGAUUUGUAUUUAUGGACUUCUCUCCGUAAAUAAAAGAACGGAUAAAUUGUUCAGUUGAUAAAAAGAGGAGUAGACAAACAGAUAAAGAGAUAAGUUAUUAGAUAACUGGAUAAAUAGACAAAUAGAUUAAUUAUUGUAAUUAUUAUCAUCUAUUCUUUUGAUGAGCAUGUCCGAGUGACCAAAGCGAAGGCAUGACAUAAUUCUUGCUCAGAGGUUCAACGACACGCAUAUCUUUCUAUUUCGCAUCACUAGGGUCAAUGACCAAAUAAUUUCACCCGGGUGAAAUCUUGAAAAUGUUUCUGUACGCCGUUUCAAUUGCUGCGUAUGAGUUUAUAGUGUUUUGAACUGCGGUCUCUGGUGUAUCUCAUGGCGGUUAAUGUCGAUGUUUCGUUUGGAGACUGCUGAUAUUCCCAUGUAAUUGCGAAAUGAUGAAGUCGAUGUGCUGGAUGUUGCGGAAACACGUUUCAAACAUUCAACAGUCAAAUUUCAGACUGGGAAAAGGUUUUUUAUUUUAGUAUCUUUCCUUUUUUUGACUAACAGUGGUAAUAAAUAUUCAGUGUGAUCGUAUUUACAUAAGAUAAUGCGUAAAUCUAGUUUGAAUCUCGCGAGACACCAUGUCGGAAGAAUGUUUUAUCUCUUCAAUCUGUGUUCUACGUAGCAAAUUUUUUCCAUUGAUUCUCAUUAUCAAAGCAUUCUUUACAAAGCAAUAUAUUUAAAAGAUAUGAAAUCAUGUGAUUUCUUUGCGAUAGAAAUAUUUUUCAAUUAAACAUCGAUGUUCCAAAUAUCUGUGAAUAAACGCUUUUUGACAUAAAGUUUUAGAUCUAAUAAACAAUCCUGAUUUAAAAUAAUAUUGUCUAUCAUCGAGUUGCAAACAAAUGUAAAAGUACGUGCGUAGUUUUUAAAAAUGUUUAAAAGAUCUUAGAAACUUUGCAAUCCUUUUACUUACAUUUUUUUAUUAAAUUAAACAAAUUAAACCGUACAAUGAACUUAUUAACAAUUUCAUUCUCAUUAUAUAUUACGAACAGUUUCUUAACAAAAAGGUGCUUUUCCUUCAUUUCGACGCGUUAUAUAUAAAUUGGGACAUUCGUUCGGCUGGAUUGCCGAAACGGACCACUGUGCGACGCCCUCAAUUGUAAACGGAUAAUCAGUGGGCCU